AUGGCACUAUCUGGUCUUUUGCCAGCCCUUCUGUCUGCAGUCGCUUUUGGUCUGCAAUAUGUGCCGGUGAAGAAAUACAAGAUCUAUGAUGGCACUACCUUCCAGUGGUUCAUGUGCUCGGGCAUUCUCUUCGUGGGCGUUUCUGUCGCGCUCCUGCAUGGAGAUCUCCAAUAUUCUGUGCCGCCCUCUGUGGUCAUGGGUGGGGGUAUUUGGGCACUGUCAAACUUUGCCGUGCUGCCACUAGUCAAGCUUCUGGGUAUUGGCUUGGGCUUCUCCUUGUACCACUUUCAGAACAUGAUUGUAGGAUACUUGGUCGGCCGAAAUGGCCUCUUUGGGCUGCCCAGGCUUCAGCCAGCCUUUGCAGGCAGCUUGUAUGUUUGUGACCUCGGUUGUUUGCUGGUUUUGGUGUCUUUUGUUGGUUUGCUUCUAGUGGAGGGCAGAGGCAGUGAUAGUGAGAAGGAGAAAGAGCCUGGCCCUGCACCCUCAGUCCAUGGAAAGGGUCAGCUUGAUCAGAUUGAAGAGCAGCACGAGGAGGAAGUUGCAUUAGACAGGAAUUUGCGUCUCUUAGAGUCCAGUGGAUUCUCAGCCUUUGCUGUAGAGGUUGAAGACGACGAGCAGGCACCACACAGCCCUGAUGCAGCACCACCAGAAGCAGAAACGGAAAGGAGGAAGACAUGGCGGAAAGUUGCGUUGGGCGUUCUUCUGGCAAUGGUGGCUGGAAGUUUGACUGGGGUGCAAAGUGUGCCUGCAACGCUGUAUGGAUUGGAGCAUCCUGAGUAUCCGACAACUGCAGUAUUCUUUCCACAGUGUCUUGGAGCUUGGUUUGCUUCUACAGGGAUCUACCUUUUGUACGGUGGCAUCGCACGUCUUCGACGAAAGCCAGUCUUGCAUGCAGUGAUCCGUCCUGCAAUGCUGAGCGGCUUCCUUUGGGCAGUGGGCUUCAUUUUCAUGAUCCAAGGAAUUCACGAGUUGGGCUUUGCGGUCGGCUACACUCUUGAUGCAGUUGGCCCUAUCAUCAUUGCAAGCAUCAUGUCCAUGUGCUGGUUCAAAGAAAUAUCUGGCAGGCGUCAGCUGAUGAUCUAUUGGUCAGCAGAAGCGCUGCAGCUGCUCGGGGUCAUUUUGAUCACUGCAUUUAGUAAGCAGUGACCAGUGACUUGCUGAGACCAAGACUGCAAGGGAGGGAGGGUUUGCCUUUCGCAAUUUCAUGAUCUACCACGUCAGCCGAGUUCACAAGCCUCGCGGGAUUGACUUCAGACAUCAAACAUAUAGGCGGUGGACAGUGGGCAAGGAAACUCCAUUAUGUGGUACUUUGCGAGAUGACUUGGGACAGAGAAGCACCUGACAAUCAAAGCAGAAGACAGAAGCGUGCUGUCGCUUUUUUAUAUUACAGUAUCCAAAAAAGUUUGGGAUGCUCUUCCGAAGAAUGAAGCCCAAUUCGUCGUUUUGUACGAGCCGGCCAAAAGUUUGGGUCUUGAGUUCCGAAAGUGUGAAGAAGCUUUGUCAGCGUGUUUGGUGGAUGCAGGCAUUAAAUGGCAUUAAGGCAGAAGAUGCACGCCAAAGACUGAGUCCCGAAGGGGAGCUGGCAACUCGAAAGGCAUAUUUUGCAGAUCCGUCGACACACUGACUGAGCUUGGGCUGCCAAGUCCCCUGCACCCUGUUGCAUAUCAAUGCCGUGAUGGAUUUCUGGGCGCAGUGCCUGCAUUGCUUCGGUUUGCCUUCUUGCUUGCAAAGACCUCAUCAGAAUCAUCAUUGAUUCUACAUUCCUGACAGGGCUUAGACAAAAUGAAACUGAUCUUACUGAUCUAAGGCGCAAAGGAGUCUUUGGUUUUGCUUUUUGCGUGCAUGCACCUUGCAAGUUUUGCUCGCUUGUUGGACUAGUGGAGAAAUGGCGUGUUUGGUUUUGGCUCUUUGACCGACCGAGCUUCACCUUGGCUGUCAG